GUGUUAACCGGAGCACCGAGCACCUGAUGCUUCCUUCCCCGUGAGCUCUGAAGGGCUCGUCUCCGGUUUCCCAUCGACUACCCCUAUUCUCCUCCUGCCUUUAGGUUCUUAACCAAAAUGUGGCACCCCAAUAUCUACGAGACCGGCGAUGUCUGCAUCUCCAUCCUCCACCCGCCGGUGGAUGACCCGCAGAGCGGGGAGCUGCCGUCUGAGCGGUGGAACCCCACCCAGAACGUGCGGACCAUUCUCCUGAGCGUGAUCUCGCUGCUGAAUGAACCCAACACGUUUUCUCCAGCCAACGUGGAUGCCUCCGUGAUGUACCGCAAGUGGAAGGAGAGCAAAGGGAAGGACCGGGAGUACACGGACAUCAUCAGGAAGCAAGUCUUGGGCACGAAGGUGGACGCUGAGCGGGAUGGUGUGAAGGUCCCCACCACGCUGGCAGAGUACUGUGUGAAGACCAAGACUCCGGCCCCAGAUGAGGGCUCAGACCUCUUCUAUGAUGACUAUUAUGAGGAUGAUGAGAUGGAGGAGGAAGCAGACAGCUGUUACGGUGAUGAGGAUGACUCCGGCAAUGAGGAAUCUUGAUGGCCCUCUGGCAUUGCAAAACUUACUAUAAACUACUGAAUUUUACCUCAACUAGGACAAACUGGUUUGAAUUUAGGAUCUGUCAGCCCUGAAAUUAACUCUCUACCUCGCAGGGAGACUGUUCUGCUGUUGCAAAGGAAAUCCCACCACUGUCUUUGUAGAAAAAGCAAAAAACAAAAACCCUAUUUUAUAAACUUCCUGGGUGGGGGACGGGUGGGGAAGGGGAAGUCGCAUUGGGGUGUUCACAAAUCCACAGAAACCGGGGAGCUGGUGGCUCUGGCUGGAUGAGGAGUGAUGGCAAAACCUGGCGUUGGCUGCCCAUCGUUUGGGCACGUUCAACUCUUCUUCAGCCCCACGUGGGAGGAACGGUUUGGGGAGGCUGUGGAGCCGGUGAGUGGUCGCUUUGGGUGGGAAGCGUGUGAGCGUUGUGUAGCUUUCUACAGCCUUUGAGGUGUCCGAGUAGGAAGGGCUGUAGGGCAGGCGCUGCUGCCCUCUGCCCCCAGUGGGGCUGUCCCCAGUGGGACCCUCCUGCUGCCCGUUCCCCAUGAUGCCGGAGCCGUGUUUGCAGCAAAUGGGUCGGGAAGGGCUGGGACAUCGGGCAGGACGUGCCCGGCGGCCGCCUGGCACUGCAGCGCGUGGGGAGGGGCUGUUUGUAGUUUUUAACUAGCUGGGAGGGAUGGGGUAGUUCUGAGUCUUUCUGCUUCUGUUUUUUUUGGAAACUAUUUAAUAAAGUACUUCAAGGG